GAAAAAAAAAAUACGUUAGUGCCGCAUUAUUAAAAGCCCUAAAUUACAAUUACAGUGUUUAUAAAUUCACUUAAAAUCAAGUUUAUUGUAUAGUUUUUAAUAAAAUAUCUGCAGCAACAAUUUGCUGACCAGAUAAAAUUUAUUUUUUGACACAUACUAGAGUAAUAGCAACAAUUAAUAAAUAAAACAAAGUUUCCCGCCCGCCAUGGAGACCUUAAAAAUCUACUCCGACGCGUUGGAAGUAGCGGGAAAGAUGAUCGACAAGCAUGUGGUGAUAGACAACAAUUACCCGUCAUUAAUAAACUUAAUGAGAUACUCAGUGCAAGGUGGUCCUACCGUAAGUGGUUUAGACGACUACGACUACCCCAACCUAAGCAGCAGCGCUCUAAAUAUCAGCAGUCUUAACCAAAUAAAAGUCCACAGCAAAGUGCCUCUGCCUUCCGAAGUAAUGGAGCACUUUAGCCACAUGCAGUGUCACUGUAUGAUGGGGCUGUUCACUGAGAUUUCCAAAGCCUGGUUAACAAUCGACAGUGACAUUUACGUCUGGUCUUACGAGAAUGAAUCAGACGUGGCUUACUUCGACGGACUUAACGAGACAAUCAUCAGCGUUGGUCUCGUCAAACCUAAACCCGGAAUAUUUCAAAACUACGUCAAGUAUCUUCUGGUGCUGACGACAACUGUCGAAAUCACAGUUUUAGGUGUCACGUUGAUGGACAAAAGCGACGGAACUCAGGGAGAGAUCCAGCUAGUACCCGAGCCUAUUUUCACAGUGACCACCGACGGAGUUGCAAUUACCACAAUAGCAAACACCAACAGCGGUAGAAUAUUCCUCGGAGGUCGCAAUGGAAGUCUCUAUGAAAUCCACUACCAAGCGGAGAGCAGCUGGUUCGGGAAGCGCUGCAAGAAAGUGAAUCACUCCGAAGGACCUUUAUCAUUUCUAGUUCCCUCAUUCGUAGCUGUGGCUCUAUCAGAAGAGGAAGCGAUAGUCCAAAUCAGCGUAGACGACUCAAGAAAUAUUUUAUACACUCUUGGAGACAAAGGGACCAUCACAGUCUGGGACAUUGACGCAGGAGCUUCAAAAAUAACAACUCUCUCCCAGUCUUCUCUCGUCCAGAACACAGUCCACGUGGUCAAGACUCUAGACAGCAAUAAUUUCCGACCUCUGGUCAGCAUCUCAGCAAUUACCGAGUCCGAAUCAGUCCAUGUUAAUCUAGUAGCGGUCGCAGCAACUGGUACCAGGUUUUACUUCACUUGCACAUCAGUAACAAAUCCAGGAACUCGUCCUCAAUGCUUGCAGUUAGUUCAUGUACGUUUACCGCCAGGCUAUGCUGCUAACGCGCCGGUGAUGCGCCCCCGGAAGGUCCAGAUGGCUCAUUACAAAAAAGGAACGCUAAUUUUAGUCUGCGGUGGCGAGGUAGAGACUGCUUGGUGUCUUAGUAAUGAUGCUUAUCCAUUUACAAAUUACUUAGCGGAGACUCAGAGUAUUUUACCGUUUGACAGCCCGGCCUGGGCCAUGGCGGAGAUCCCCGGAGAGCCUGCGAUUCACAUCGACAAGCAGGCCAUGCAUGACCCGCCGCUGCUGGUCCGGCAACAUAUGGAGCCUCCGAGGAAGUUUAUCUUUUUAACAGCGCAAGGCGCUGUUAUUUUAGUCCAGCUCCGGCCGGUUGAUAUUCUCCGCCAGCUUUUGUUAGAGCAACGCGGGCCUGAUACUGAAUUAGUCAGGGAUUAUUUUCUGAGUCAAAGUCCCGAGCAAGCUUGCGCGACUUGCUUGAUUCUCGCGACUCUGGAGAGCACGCAGAAUGCUCAGUUGUCUGAGUGGGCCACCAGAGCUUUUUUUUUGUACGGAAGUCAGAGGAAUGUUAAUCAAAAUAUGGAUCUUUAUGGAUUUAAUGUCUGUACUUCGACUCCUAGAUUGGGGAAUUUUGAUAUUCUUCCAGGACAUUUUAGGAAUCAUCCAAUGGGAAAUCAAAGCUACCAGCAGGAAUUUUCAGCGAAGCACGAGGGGCUUUAUUUGUACAUCGGAAGAAUUUUGAGACCAAUUUGGAAUAUCAGGUGCAUUAAAAGCGAGAUUGCUAAUAAUAAAACUCUAAUUACAAGCACUGUUUCUUCGAUUCAAGUCGGAUGGAUUUUAGGACAUCUUCAAGCUUUAAGAGCGUUUUUAAAUAAAAAUACUCAUAUUUCUAAGCAUCAUAACAACACUUCGAGGAAUAUUACUGAUGGGUUUGAUAAUUCGCUUACUCAGUACCAAGAACCGAUGGUUGAAGAAAGAAAUUCUCUUGAUGCAUUGAAAAUAUUUAUUACACAUGCGUGUGAAGUUCUGGGGCUUUGGAAAAUUCUCUGUGAAAAUCAGUUGCAUAAUAUUGUUAGUUCUUUAUCAAAAGAUCAGGUUAAUCAGUUCUCUACUGCGACUUUCAGGGAUUUAAUAUUAAUUGGCCAUGAAAUUUCUUCUCUGCUAAUUCUGCAUCUUAUAGACAGUUAUCUGGGUGAUAAUGCGUCGAUUGAUACUGUGAGUGCGAAACUUAGGGAAGUUUGUCCGAAUUUGUAUAAAAGUGAAGACGCUGUUUGCUCGAAGGCUAAUGAAAUUAUUCUUAAAGCUAAAAAUUGUACUAACCCGGAGGAAAAAGAAUCUUGUUUGCAGUCAGCUCUUAAAUUGUGUAAAACAGUAGCGCCGAGGUUGAAUUUGUCAGCCGUGUGCCAGCAGUUUGUAGCUUGUCAUUUCUACACCGGGGCGUUGGAACUUUGUCUCUGCUGCGCGGAAAAAAGCGAUCCGAAUAAUGCAGCUAUGCAUUAUUAUAAAAAUAAUAAACCUCCAGAGGAUCAAGAGGGUUUUUUGGCGUACUCAAGGCGGCAAGAUAUUUAUAAAGAAAUUACGAUUAUGUUGGAUUGUCUUUAUAAUCAGAGUAUGUCUAAUCCGUUGACUCCGACUGUUCCUAGCAAGCCUGGACCUCCUACUUAUAAUACGACUACUGCUGUUGCUCCUGCUAAACAAAUUCUCCACGAAAUAAUUGACGACGCCCUCCACAGUCCCUGCGAGGUUCUCCACGAGUCAGUCUACAACUGGAUGAAAGACAAAGGCCUCGACGGCGAACUAGUAGCACUAGCAGCUCCAUCCCUCGAAGCUUACUUAAUCCGCAAUAACAACCCCGAACUACUCUGGCAGUUUUACGAAAGGAACAAAAAUCACGCUGCGGCAGCUCAAAUCUUGGACUCUUUAGCAACAAAGCCAGACCCAGAAGUACCUUUAGCUCAGCGAGUAAAAUAUCUAGCACGUGCUGUCGUCUGCAUGCGCAGCGACCAAGCCGGCUACGCGCCCUAUUUAGGAGUCUUCUUGCGCGAGCUAGAAGACAAAGUCGAGGUAGCUAGGAUCCAACAGCAAAUACUGACCACAAUAACCAACCAACACCGCCUUUACGAUCCAAUGACCGUCAAGGACGCCAAGCUGCGCUUGAACUCGUCUCUCCUGGACAUCACUCAGCUGUACGAAGACUACGCAGAUCCUCUGCAGCUCUGGGAGUGCAAGCUUGCAAUUAUUCACUGCUCUGGUCACCAAGACGCCAUGCUGGUCCAAGGAAUCUGGAGCAACAUCAUCGACAACGAGCUGAAAAAUUCUUUCUCACUCUCUCCGGAAGACAAAAUCACUGUAGUGAUGAGCAAGAUUAAAAUUCUGGGCCAGGAAUAUUCUGGAACUCCAAAUUGUUUUCCUCUGGACUAUUUAAUUAAAGAAUUAGAAAUUAGAGCUUGCAGGCUCCAAGUUUCUAACACUGAGAUCAUCACCGGGUUCUUGCAGCUGGGUGUUGCUGUUGAAGACCUCAUGGAGAUCUACGACAAAUUGAACACCGGGAACAACCGGAUUUGGUUGAACGAAGGCAACGAGUUUCAUUUAAUUGACUCUACUGCUAAUCUUGUGACUUAUUUCACAACUAAUACCAAUAUCGGAAACAGUUUUGUACGCAGAAAAGUUAUUACCAAGUGCCAGGACAUUAUUUCUAAAUGUCUCACUACUCUCUUCAGUAAACCUAACAGUGAUGAAUUAAUUUCAAGACUUAGGUCCAUUCAAAGUGUUCUUAAUAGAUUGUAAAAUUUAAUUUAAAUUAAACUUGAAUUUUGAA